ACUAAGAUAUAUUUCUCUCUUAUUCUUCAGAAUCAUUAUAGUGGGGAAAUUCACAAUCUUCAUAACAUGUAUGAGCAGCAGAAGAAUGAAAUAGUAAGAGAUGAAACAAUACGUCUUAGAUAUAGUGAAGAAAUAGAACAACUAAAGAUGCUGUGUGAGAAAGGUCUUAGUGCGAUGGAUGUCUCUCAUAAGAAAAUAAUUGCUGAACUGGAAGAAAGGCAUGAGAGGGAAUUGGAUGAAUUGAUGGCUGACAGAGAGAAAGCUUUAGCCCAAGAAGCACAAGCUACGGCAGUCGGUCAGUCUCUUCUGUUUAUUUAUUGUGUCGACUCUAUAGUUUGUCUUAAGUAAGAACUCCCCUAAUCA